AUGGACCAACUAACUCACCGAGGCCUAGCGAGACUUGCAAAGAAAUACGGCGGCAUCUUCCACCUACGAAUCGGGUUUCUACACAUGGUGGCAAUAUCAAGUCCUGAUAUCGCCCGCCAAGUGUUACAAGUCCAAGACAACAUAUUUUCGAACCGUCCAGCCACUAUUGCAAUAAGUUACCUAACCUAUGACAGGGCUGAUAUGGCAUUUGCUCACUACGGACCGUUCUGGCGGCAGAUGAGAAAGCUCUGCGUCAUGAAACUCUUCAGUCGCAAACGGGCCGAGUCUUGGGACUCCGUCCGCGAUGAGGUGGAUGAUAUGGUCAGCCAGGUGGCGGCAAACACCCGUUCUCUCGUGAACAUCGGCGAGUUAGUCUUUGGCCUCACUAGAAAUAUCAUCUAUCGGGCUGCUUUCGGUUCGAGUUCACAUGAGGGACAAGAUGAUUUCAUCAAGAUUUUGCAAGAAUUUUCCAAACUUUUUGGUGCUUUUAACAUUGCAGAUUUCAUUCCAGGGCUUGGCUGGAUGGAUCCACAGGGCCUAAGCAACAGAUUACAAAAGGCUCGUGCUUCACUUGAUGGAUUCAUUGAUUCAAUUAUUGAUGAACAUAUGCAGAAAAAGAAGCCCAAUGAUGCGGUCGAAAAUGAUAUGGUGGAUGAGUUAUUAGCUUUUUACAGUGAUGAAGCCCUUGUUAAAGAAUCAGAGGAUUUGCAGAACUCCAUCAAACUUACUAGAAAUAACAUCAAAGCCAUCAUAAUGGAUGUAAUGUUUGGUGGCACUGAGACGGUGGCGUCCGCCAUUGAGUGGGCCAUGACGGAGUUGUUGAGAAGCCCAGAAGAUCUCAAGAAGGUCCAGCAAGAAUUAGCCACCGUCGUCGGCCUCAACCGGAAAGUUGAAGAGUCGGACUUCGAGAAGCUCACCUACCUCCGAUGCUGUCUCAAGGAGAGUCGAAAUGUGAAUUCAAUAAUAGAGCAAAUCUCAAGAGGAUACUGGCCCCACCUCCCUCCGCCACUGAAUACACGGGUGAGCGAUUGCACUUAG